UUUUGUGUUAGCCGCAAUAUCAGUCAAUUGGCAGCCGUGGAACCAAACGUAACACUCACAAUUCGCAUUAUCGUUGUUUUGGCUUUUGUUAUUGUUUUUUAAUACCCCCGUCCCGAAAAUUGUGUAUUCGAUAUUCUAAUCGUUUAAUCAAAUAUUGAUUGAGCCAUGCGCGGCUAUUUUGUUUACUACCUGAAAAUACUUUGGGCCAGUUCUUUAAUUGCUCUAUUGGCCGCAAGCGCCAUCAAAUUCAGUCGGGAGGAUGCAUACAAGAAGCUGUUAUCGUUGCGUUCUCUUCCCUUCGAGGAUUGCGGUGAGUUCCGAGUAUAGAGUGAAUUACCUGAACAUCGACAGCUGUUCGAAGGUUCCCUGUCCCAUGGCCCGCGAUUCGAUUGUUAAGGUUACGGUGCUCUUCGAUGAUAACGGCAGUGGAGUUUCGUUUCUGAAACAUAAUGUUCGUUGGCUCUUGGCCUUCACGAAAAAAGAUGCGGCUAUAACUCCCGAUCCCUGUGAUGGCGAUCAUCACUGCAUAAUGAAUGUGAACGAUGGCAAAAGCUACUUUGCCUAUAUCUAUGUGAAUGAUACAUUGCCUGUGAUGAGUGGAAAAAUGCACUGGGAGGCAUGGGAUGAGCAAGAACAGAAGAUACUCAUUUGCUUUGAUGUGCCCAUAAAAAUCACAACUUAAAUACACACAUACACAAAUAAACAUAUAUUUAUAUAUAUGGGUAUAUGUAAA